GAUAAUAAUAAAGCUUUCAAUGAAUACUCAACAACAAAAGAAAAGAAUUCUGUUUGUAGCCCUAUGGAUAAUUUAUCAGAAAAUUAUAUUCAGAUACCGUCACAUUGUAAUCCAAUUUUAAAGAAUGCGACUAAUCAGAAUGAAUUAUCUAAUAUAGAUUUAAAUACUGUAUCUUGUAAUUUUUUAAGUAAGUCUAAACAUUUUAUACCGAGAAAAUCAAACCAAGAAGAAUUUUUAGAAAGUAAUAAUGAUUCACAACUUAAUAGCCCAAGUCAAAUAAAUCAACAUUUGAUCCAAUCCUCGCAAAAACAAAAUUUUACGAUAGAAGAUUCUUAUACUGUUGAUAAUUGUACGGAUGAUAAUUACAUUAAAAAAGAAUCAUGUUCGCAAUUGGAAAGGAAAGACUCAUACGAUUUCAUGCCACAUGGAAAUUUUUCUAAACCUUCCCUACGAAUCACAGAGUCGUAUUAUAUUAAAGACCAUAAACAAGCUACAUGUAACCAAAAUAUUACCAUACCACAACCGAUAUCUCGAGGUGAAAGCUAUCAACGUGGCUAUUUUAAAAACCAACAAUUGAUCGAUGACACAGAAAUUACUUUUGGAAAUGCAGUCAUUGGAGAAUAUAAAACGAUAAAUGAAACUCUUGACAGAUAUGAACGAGGAGAGGAAACGAUUAAGGGAAUUAGAGAUAAUUCAUUGAUAGAAUCUCAUUUAUCUGAUAGUUCGAAAGGUAUGAAAAUACAAAUUUUAACCAUAUUCUGAUGUAACCAGAACUAUACAGUAAGACUAUUUCAAUACUUAAUAGGAAGUAUGCAAAAGCAAGAUUCAUU